GGCAUCAGGAUUCUGAAGUCCCUGAGGGAAUUGCAGCCUGACGCUUGGCACAGAACUAGGAAGGGAACACAGGUGUCCUGGUUCCCUGUUCCCAGCGCUGCGUAGGGUCACUCCUGGCUCUGCUCUGAAGCGCUACGUGUGACUCCCUGGCUUUUCCUCUCCCCAUUGACGCUGCCCCAGGUGCUCUCUUGCCCGGCUCACUGUCCUGCUAUGUCCCUUUGCAGAUGCUGUUUGGACUCGAGUGCCCAAAGAGAUCUUGUGCUGUAGGAUUCCCCACAGAUUCUUCAUCGACCCCAAGUCUCCUCCCAUUCACCUGCCCCAAAGCGCUUCCCAUCCACUGCCCUACCCAAAGCCAGAACUGAUCUGCCGGCCUGUGAGCUGGGAUGGCUGAGAUGAAGCGGCCGGUCAUUUCCCACCCUUGGGAGGAGGAGGAGUGCUUGGAGUACUACGGCAUGGUGUCCUUGCACCACAUGUUCGAGGUGAUCGGCUCCCAGCUGACCGAGAAUGAUGUGGCCGUGCUCUCCUUCCUCCUUGAUGAGACCCAGCCCUGGACCCACCCGCUGGACCCCAGGCUGUGGGCUGUGGUGGAGGAGGAUGGAGCAGAGACCCCCUCGCCUCUUCUGGAGAGCUGGCAAAGGAGGAGCCGGCGCUGGCAAGCUCCGGUGGAGGCAACUGGGAGCCUAGAGCUGGUGGGCGAGCGGCACCAGCCCAGGAACGGGGUGGAGCUGCUGCUGGAGCUGGAGAGGAGAGGAAGAUGUGAUGAGACGAAUUUCCUGCAGCUCCUGCAGCUGCUGCGGUUGCUGACCAGGCAUGACCUGUUGCCUUACGUCACCCUGAAGAGGCAGCGGACAGUGUCCCCUGAGCGAUACACCUACGGCCCGUCUGUGACAGCUUCCGACCGGCAGAUGGACAGUUGCCUCGGCUCAGCCUCUGCAGAGACCCAGCCCGAGCAGUGGGAGACAGGCUCCAGCUCCAGCAAGAGGAAACGGGUGAGCAGAGGCAGGGCACGGGCCAGUGCCCUCGGCAGGCGGCGCGGAGCCAAGACAGUCCCUGCCCUCAAGCAGGAGCCCCCGUCCCCCACCAAAGUGACUUGUGACAUCCGGCUGCGGGUGCGUGCCGAAUUCUGCCAGCAUGAGCCGGUCCUGCGGCAGAACGUGCUGUCCAACAAGCAGCACCGGCUGGAGCGCCAGUUCGACAUCUUCGGCCAGUCCAACACCAUCCUCAAGUCGCGCGACCUGGGCUCCAUCAUCUGCGACAUCAAGUUCUCGGAGCUCUCCUACCUGGACGCCUUCUGGAGCGACUACAUGAACGGCUCACUGCUGGAGGCCCUCAAGGGCGUCUUCCUCACCGAGUCCCUCAAGGACGCCGUGGGGCAGGAGGCCAUCCGGCUGCUGGUCAACGUGGACGAGGAUGACUAUGAGGAGGGGCGCCGGCUGCUGCUGGAGAGCCUCGGCCCCCAGUGACGGCACCUGCGGGGCGGGGGCACAGCCUGGCCUCUGGGGAACUCGGCCUGGGUCUCGGUCUGUACUUUUUUCUGAGCCACUGGCGCUCAUCCACUUAGGACACGGAGGCUCCUGAGAACAGCCUGACCCCGUCUGGGUGCUGCCACGGGGCAAACCUCUUCCCGCCUGCAGGCCUCCGACUGAGCCCCCAGCCAGGGCUGGGCCGAGCACUGGACUCAGUAUUGGCGAGGAGGCGGGACAGGCAGCUCCAGACGCACAGGGCGUGGGGCCGGCUCGCCGUGGCUCCGUCCCCGGGCAGGGGCACAGCUCACAAGGAGACUGGACCUUGAAUUAUUUUUAGGACACACACCUGGUUUUCCUGCGGGUGGAACGUGGGAAUCGGAGAGUCACUUUCCUUAGGGAGGUUUUCCUGUGCUCUGGGUAUUUGUACAUAAUAUAAAUAUAGCGCGGGGGGGGGGG